AUGGCGUCCGAAUUCAUCGGCUGUGACGUGCUGGUGACCCUACGGGUCCCACCUGGGGGACAGCUCCAAGGGCAAGUUGCUGAUGUGAUCGGCCAAACGCUGCUCCUCAGAAAUGUGACCCUUCUGUGGAAUGGCCAGUAUCACGCGCAAUUCUCCAUCGAUGCGUCAGCGAUCAUUACCUUGUCCCUGGAAUCAAGCAAAUCAGUUCCUCCACAGCGCCAGCCAGCACCACGUAUGGAUCAAACACACGCGCCAGCUCCGACUGCCCCUCCUUCCCUUCAGCAAUUUGCGGAUCCUGCAAUCUUGAGUUUCACGAAGCCCCCUGCACUGCGACCAGCACAGCCGACAGCAAAUCGCCUUCCUCAACAUGGAGUCGCACCGGCGAUGCUUCCUGUCAGCGCCUCCCUUACCGAGCCUUUUAGCAACCUUGAGCUUGAUGUGAGUGCCACUCAGCGCAUCACUCAUGCACUCCCACAGGAGAAAGAUUCCCACGCCGUACCCAGCGCGACCACGCCUACCAAGCAAAAUCAGAAGCGGAAUCGCCGAGGGAGUCACGAGGGGCUCAUCAAGCAUGGUGUAGCUGCAAGCACAAACCCCAAGAGCAAAGGUUGGCGCCAGACGGCCUUUGUGGAACCAGCGACCUCUAUCAGUGCCAGAUCGCCAGAGCAUGGUCCGCAAUCAACCGCAAAGCUUCGUAAGAAGAAGUCACGCCGCCAAUACGCUGAGGAUGUCAAUGGUUGGGCUACAGAGGAUGCGACAGACAUUCAGGAGCUUGGCGAGUUUGAUUUUCAGACCAAUCUUUCCAAGUUUGACAAGCGACGCGUGUUCGAGCAAAUUCGGAACGAUGACACGACUGCCGAUGAGGCCCGCCUGGUGAGCUUCAACCGGCGACCAAAGCCAGGCACCAACGGCGGGAAAAAUCUCCACUGGACAGAGAACGUGCUUGACAGCCCCCAAAACAGUGACACUGCAGACGACGUUGCAGGUGUGAGCGAUGCCAGACACAGCAGCGAGAAUGUCGCUGGACGUGAGCGUUCACGGGCUUCAACACACGUUCAGAUGGCUCGUAAGGGUAGCGCUAUUGUAGCUCAGCCGAUGGCACUUCAAUUGAGUGCACUGAGUCGUAGUCAACUCGGCACAUCUCGCGCCGCAAGCCCUCGUCCCAGUCGUGCUUCUGGGUCGCCUAUGGUUGGUAUCAAUCCGACUGGAGCGACCCUCCGGCUCACAACUACCAACCGCAGCUGUCCCACUGUAAGCCCACUGCAAACACUCGAAGUCGAGCAGAUUGCAGUAGCGGAGUUUGGAUUGUCUGAGGACAUUCUGACCGAGAACGCGGGAAGAGGAAUUGCGGAAGCUGCGGUCUCCCUACUUUCAAAUGAUGCAGCUGCUCCGACCAUACUCAUCAUCACUGGCAAUCACCGCACUGGCGCCCGCGCAAUCGCCGCUGCUCGACAUCUCCGCAAUCGUGGUCACCGAGUGUCUGUAUGCUUGCUUGGCCUCGAGCAUGAUGAAGAACUACUCGAGAAUUGCCGCAAGCAGAUGGACAUCUUCAGAAAGAUUGGUGGUCGAGUGCUCAAGUGGGAAGACCUGUCGGCACGUCUUGCCACUGCUGACUUGACUCCCGACUUGGUGAUUGAUGCCUUGUUUGGGAUGCAUCUUGCAUUCGACGACCUCCGCACCGACGACCAGGGCAUCGCGUUCGAGAUGAUUGCCUGGGUGAAUCGCAGCGAUGCAGGGGUCCUGUCUGUUGAUGUGCCAUCCGGAAUGUCGGCAUCAAGUGGCGAGGUCACCAUGGCAGAUGGAGGGCGACUUUGCGUUAAUGCCUCAUCGGUCGUCUGUCUUGGGGCCCCCAAGGCUGGAAUUCUCCAUGCAUUACUCUCUGGUGAGGGUGAUGCUUGGAAUCUUUCAGUGGCUGAUAUCGGCAUCCCACAGCUCGUCUGGCGUAAGUACGGCACGCGCCGCCGCCAUGGCAUUGACUUCGGAAACCGCUGGGUGGUACCACUCCGGCUGCAGACUCUAGCGGGAUAG